AGGCUUCCUUGGUUUCCAUAGCAGAGUCCUAACAAUGAGUCUCCAGUCCUUCUCCUGUACCUGCAUUGGCCAGUGUGUGAGAGGUGUGGGCUCAUAUAAUGAAAUCCUCAACUGGUUGUGCUGCUUGUCAUUCUCCUCUCACUCCUUCCUAAGCAACAACUAUACCCCUGCAAUGCCUCCCAAACUGAAGGGGAAGCUUCAGAAUAAGAAGAAAAUGAAAAAGCAGAAAGAAUCAGGUCUAAUGGAAGAUAAACACAAAAAAGCCACUAUAGAGGUAGAUGUCUUAAAGGAUCACCUUGCUUUGCAAAGGCAAGUGAUGCGCCAGGCACAAUUCCACAAACAGGAAAUACGGGGACAACUCCAUGAGAUAUUAGAAGACCUACAGGAAGAAAGAGAUACAAAACAAGCUAUUUAUAGUGAAAUGACUCGUCAGCAUCAAGAUUUGGAAGAACAGAGCUCAUCAUGUAUACAGACCCUGGAGGAAGAGGUGGCAAAAUUAAAACUACAACUGUCCAUAAGCCAAGAAGAUCUGCAGACCCUUAAAGAGGAAUCGGAGCACAUGGCACAAGAGAAAGAAGCGGAAAUCACAGAAUUGAGGAGAGAUCUUGAAAACAUGGAGGCAGAAUAUCAGACAAUACUGCAUUCAUGCUUGGAUCAAUUACUGCAAAAACUUACCCUGGCUGAGAAGAAGUGGACAAGUGAAUCCCUUUCAAUCCAUCAUCAAUACAAACAGAUGCUGCAGGACUGUGGAUUAAAUCCUCUUGACAUCUAACAAUUAAUAAUCACACUUUUUUUCCUUACAACUGCAUGCUAACUUCUAUGUAUUGCUCAUUUACAAGUUACAUGAUUAUGUAGGUAAAGCUUGCUAUACACAGGUUAUUUCAUAACAGAAGCAUUUUCAAUGCUAUUGUGUAAUCUCCCUGUGUAUGGAGUGUGAACAACUAAACCUGCAGAAUGCAGAAGAUGACAGUUUGUUCUGUUAGCAAUCAGGCCGGUUGGAACAUUUCUACCAAUCAGUGGCGGCCCGUCCAUAGGGGGCGCUGGGCGCCGCUCCCCCCCCAUCCAUGCUUCCAGCCCCCUGACCUA